UUUGUAGUGGAGUGUCUAUCCGCCAGGAGUAGAGGAGAGCAGAGCAAAGAGCUACUACGAUUCUUCUCCACAGGUCAGGUCUAAUCUAUGAGCUUUAGCUUCGUUCAUCUCUCCGUCUCCAGUUUCUCUGCCCAGUUCUGUAUUUCUAUGAUCCUUAGGCAAUUUUGAGGUACAUGAAUCGUACGCUUGUUCGCGAUUCUGAAAUCCGAUUCCUGUGAAAGUAAACAGUCGGAUUUUUGUUUUGUUCCCGAGGUCUGUAAUGGGAAUUUAUAGCUACAGCGCAGUGUUGAGCUUCGGCUUGGAAUGCCCAUUUGUGAUUGUAAGCCAUAAGCUAUACCGUCGCAUGUUUGUGGAUCCUCGUCAAAGUAGGCGUUUUGGUUGCAAAUGUAGUGCGGGUAUGAUGAUGACUGGUAAGGUCGUAGAGAAGGAAGGAGAUACAGAACAACGCCCUGGGUUUAGUUGGGUUGAUGUUGGCCUGAAUCUGACAGAAGAACAAGACGAGGCAAUCACUCGGAUUCCUAUUAAAAUGUCAAAACGUUGUCAAUCGCUUAUGAGGCAGAUUAUCUGCUUCUCCAGUGAAAAGGGCAGUUUUUGCGAUUUGUUAGCUGCUUGGGUUAGGAGGAUGAAACCCACUAGAGCUGACUGGCUUUCUCUUCUGAAGGAGUUGAAGAAUCUUGAGUCUCCAUUUUAUAUCAAGGUGGCUGAAUUCUCCCUGCUCGAGGAUUCCUUUGAAGCAAACGCCCGUGACUAUACCAAGAUCAUCCACUACUAUGGGAAGCUAAACCAAGUGGUUGGCGCGGAAAAAACUCUUGUUGCUAUGAAAGACAGGGGCUUUCUCAUUGACCAAGUGACACUAACUGCGAUGGUUCAGUUGUACAGCAAGGCAGGCCAUCACCAGUUGGCUGAAGAAACUUUCAACGAGAUCAAAUUGCUUGGGGAAGCUCUAGACUAUCGAUCCUACGGUUCAAUGAUUAUGGCCUACAUCAGAGCUGGCGCGCCCGAGAGAGGAGAGGCUUUGCUCGGAGAAAUGGACUCCCAAGAUAUAUGUGCGGGAAGAGAGGUUUACAAGGCAUUGUUGAGAGCCUACUCCAUGGGUGGAGACGCGGAAGGAGCCAAGCGGGUUUUUGGUGCGGUUCAAAUCGCGGGGAUUACUCCUGAUGUAAAGCUGUGUGCACUGCUCAUAAACGCAUACAGUGUCUCGGGUCAGAGCCAGAAUGCACGUUUGGCGUUUGAGAACAUGAUAAAAGCGGGAAUCAAAGCGAGUGACAAGUGUGUGGCUCUUGUAUUGGCUGCGUAUGAGAAGGAAGGAAAGCUAAAUGAAGCUUUAGAGUUCUUAGUUGAGCUGGAGAAAGACUCUGUAAUGGCUGGGAAAGAAGCUUCUGCUGUGUUGGCUCGGUGGUUUAAGAGGCUUGGUGUUGUUGAACAAGUUGAGUUGGUUCUCAGGGAAUUUUCAUCUACACCACCGGCUUGAUUAGAAGAUUUGGGGAUUCAUUCACUUGAUUGCAUGCAAAACGGGAUACACUACAGGCUGUGCUGUUUCUACGAAGGGGGCCUGCACUGCGUAUCGUUUGUCCGCCCACCAAAAUAGCAUGAUUUUCUUAUUUUCAUUCUGUCGUUUUUUUGUGGUUCCGACUUUUUUGAUGUAUAAAAAAGAUUCCAUUACCAAAAAUAUUACUCAAGUAAAGGGAGCGGAAUCAAAUUGCAGCAAUAAUGAGAUACAACAGCGAUUCAGAAAAUUAUCCACUAAUAUAAGGAAG